GCGCACUCCUCUACCACGCAGAGGAAGCUUUGCUGCAGCAAGAAGGAACAUUUGCAGCUGGAACUUGUGAUCAAUUGCUGACUGAAAUCACUCAAAAUGCCUGCCAAGAAACCAUUCGAACGCUUACCAAAAACGGUUGUGCCAUCGAACUACAAGCUGAAACUUGAACCGGAUUUGGAAAAAUUCACAUUUUCUGGCAAUGUUAACAUAACUGUUUCGGUAAAGGAGGCAACAGACAAAGUAAUCCUUAACUGUCUUGAUAUCAACAUAACAAAGACAUGUUAUGCAUCAGGAGGCAAGGACAUCUCGUCCAGUGACAUCAGCUACAGUGUAGAAAAUGAGACGGCUACCGUGACGUUUCCCGAGACGUUGGCAACUGGAGUUGGUCAGCUCUAUCUUGAGUUCACUGGAGAGCUGAAUGAUAAGAUGAAAGGAUUCUAUCGCAGUAAAUAUACCACGCCGGAAGGAAAGGAACACUUCUGUGCUGUCACUCAAUUCGAGGCUACUGAUGCAAGAAGAUCUUUCCCAUGCUGGGAUGAACCAGCAAUCAAGGCAUCUUUUGAUGUCACUCUUGUUGUGCCAGCAGAUCGUGUAGCAUUGUCUAAUAUGAAUGUUGUCAGUGAGCAACCUAGUUCCGAUGGCAAACUCAAGGUCAUGACCUUUGGUAAGACUCCCAUCAUGUCUACGUACCUUCUGGCGUUUGUUGUCGGUGAAUUUGACUAUGUGGAGGGUAAGUCCUUGGACGGAGUCUGUGUUCGAGUCUACACCCCGCUCAGCAAGAAGGAACAUGGCCAAUUUGCUCUGGAGGUAGCUGUAAAGACGUUGCCAUUUUACAAGGACUACUUUGAUGUGGCGUACCCUCUACCAAAGAUUGAUCUUAUUGCUAUACCAGACUUUGCUGCCGGUGCUAUGGAGAAUUGGGGUCUCGUCACCUACAGAGAGACAGCUCUACUUGUGGAUCCCAAGAACUCGUCUGCAUCAGCCAAACAAUGGGUAGCAUUAGUAGUGGGUCAUGAGCUUGCCCACCAGUGGUUUGGUAAUCUAGUGACUAUGGAAUGGUGGACUCAUCUAUGGUUAAAUGAAGGUUUUGCAUCUUGGAUUGAAUAUCUAUGUGUGGAUCAUUGCUUCCCGGAGUAUGAUAUCUGGACCCAGUUCAUUACUACAGAUUAUACCAGAGCACUUGGACUUGAUGCACUCAAGAGCAGUCAUCCUAUAGAGGUUCCAGUGAACCACCCAGAUGAAGUGGAUGAGAUAUUUGAUCUGAUCUCCUACUCUAAAGGCAGUUCGAUCAUCCGCAUGUUACAUGACUACAUUGGAAAUGAUGCCUUUAAGAAGGGAAUGAAUGUUUAUCUUGAGCGCUACAAGUACUCUAACACUCUGACUGAGGACCUAUGGGGAGCACUAGCAGGAGCAAGUGGCAAAAACAUUGAGGAGAUGAUGAGUACCUGGACUCUACAGAUGGGAUUCCCUGUACUGAAGGUAUCUGCUGAACAGAAAGGCACAUCAAGGGUGCUGACUAUCUCACAGAGUAAAUUCUGUGCAGAUGGACCAAUGGAAGGAGAGAGUCCACAAUGGAUUGUACCAGUCAGCAUUGCUACCAGUACUGAUCAUACUAUCAAACCACUAUCUAGUAUCCUACUGGAUAAACCAAGCACCACUGUCACACUGGAAGAUAUCAAACCAGACCAAUGGAUUAAAUUGAACCCAGGAACAAUUGGAUUUUACCGUGUGUACUACUCCUCUGAGAUGCUUGACGCUCUACUACCAGGUAUUCGAGAUGGUUCACUUCCUCCCCGAGAUAGAUUGGGACUUGAGAAUGAUCUGUUUGCAUUGGCCAAAGCAGGGCAGGCUAAUACAGUUGAUGUCUUGAAGGUAAUGGAAGCAUUCUCGAAUGAGACAAACUACACUGUGUGGACUGAGCUCGCAACCAACCUAGGAACUCUAUCUAAGCUUCUGACUAAUACAGACUUUGGUCAACUCUUCAAGGAGUUUGUCAAGACUUUGUUUACGGACAUCUAUCAGAAGCUUGGCUGGACACCUAAGGAUGAUGAAGGUCAUUUGGACUCAAUGUUACGAAGCCUUGUCGUUCGUGUAAUGGGACGUAAUGGCCACCCCCAUGCCAUCGAGGAAGCCAAGAAACAGUUCAAGAGUCAUUGUGCAGGAGGAGAGCAGAUACCAGCCGACCUCAGGGCACCAGUCUAUCAGACCGUCUUGGCCCAUGGAGAUGAGGCAACCUUUGAAGAGAUGCUGAAGCUUUUCAGAGCACAAGAUCUUCCUGAGGAGAAGGAGCGUAUCUUAAGAAAUCUUGGAGCUGUCAGUAACCCAGCCAUGAUGCAAAGAGUCUUGGACUUCUCCCUCACAGAUGAAGUCCGUGCUCAAGACACAGUGUUUGUUAUCGGUGGAGUGACGGGUACCAAGGAAGGUCAGGCCUUAGCAUGGGAAUUCCUGCAGAAGAACUGGAAGGAGCUGAUAACACGUUACUCAAGUGGCUUCUUACUCUCCAGAGUUGUACAGUAUUGUACUGAGGGUUUUGCUUCUGAAGAGAAAGCUUUGGAUAUUGAGACAUUCUUCAAGACUCAUGAGGCCCCUGCAGCAGAACGUACCAUCAAGCAGUCGCUAGAAAACAUUCGCCUCAGCGCUAAGUGGCUAGAACGUGACGCAGCCAGUAUCCAAGCCUGGCUUAAGACCAAGUCCCAACUCUAAUCAUCAAACAGUCAAAAUGGAUGUCAGUUUUCCAAAGUUGGUCUAAGGUACGAGAUUGGUUCUGAACCAAAUUCCAACUUCCAGUUCUGAUUUUCGGUGUGGAGACUUGGAAAUUUGAUUUUGUACUUGCUCAAAUGGUUGAUAACAAUUUCUUUUUCCCCUGAAAUUUCAUAGCGGUUUAAAACCACAAUUUACUUUGUUCUUAUUAUCAAACUUAUGUCUUAUACAAACAAUUAUUAAGCAACUAUAUCAAAAUUAUCGCUUUUAAUUAGGGAUAACAGAAUACAUCAUGAAAAAAAGAGUUUCAAGUAAGCCAACAAAUUUAUUGUCACCUAAACUUUAAAAGUUUGGGAGACAAAGGAUUACAAAGACAGCUUAGUGGUAAGAAACAAUGAUAUUUAUAAUUUGGGAGGCAAAUCAUCGCUACUCAAAGCUGAGAAGCUGGGUUGUGAGGGACGCGGCUACAACAUGGUCAAGUUUCAGGCAUGCAUGCAAGGGCGCCUACGGCACCCACCCCAUAUAAGACCACGGAGCACAGUUUGAAAGAGCUACUAACGACAAUUUCCCUAAAAUUCUAUCCCAAUUGAAAUUAUUGUUAUCCUGAUCAGGGACAUCUUGCUGAUUUUUUUCAAGUGCCUAGUACUUUUGCCUAGUACUAGAGGCAGUUUAUAGUCGGUCGCGCGAUGGACGGUUGAUGGAAAUCUUGACGCGCGAUCAAAAAAAGACUCAGUUUUAGGCCUCAGCGACAACUAUAAACUGUGUCGCGCGUCCAAAUUUCCAUGGCGUACCAUCGCGCGACCGACUAUAAACCGGCCUUUUGGCCUCUCUCUAUAUAUCAGAUUUGUCAAAUGCUGUCUUGAUAUAAAAUUGAGAUGGUCAGUGACAAAUUUGAAAUGUAGAUCGAGCAAAUGAUGAGCACAUGUAGUCUCCUUAUCAAGUGAAUUUACAAAUGGUUACGACCAUAGCUAGAUGUUGCUAAUGAACAAGUUUUUAUGUUAAUUAACUGCAAACAAAAAAAUUAAUUCCAGGAGCUUUUUGAUAACGAGAGUAAUUAUGUACACAGAAUUGAUAACGAGAGUAAUUAUGUACACAGAAAUUGUUGCACACUGUUUGUUUUUACAAGUGGAAAUUUGACGAUUUUUACUUUUCAUCAAGUUCUUAUUUUUUGCGAGUGCAAGCUGAAAAUUAACAGUUUGUCCCAUUUUGUUUUCCUUUGCGUGGAAUUGUUCAGUGUUUGGAUGUAAAUGAUGACUUGGAAAUUAUAAUCAAAAAUAAUUUGUCCCGAUCAUUAUGUAAUUGACCAAAAAUAAUGUGUGAUAUGCUAAUACAAUCGGCAACCUGAUACCAAAUGUUGUCUAUAAUAAUUAAUUGAAAUGGUUACAAAACGUUUAUUUCAGAUGUAUGUACAAGUGGAUUAAUUUACCACUAGGUGGUUAUCAUGCUUUACUUCAAAUCGGAAUAAAAUCAUACACUCUGGAAAUGAA